GAUAGUUGAUAAAAAGAAUACUUCAAGAAAUAUGUUAUGCUUUCUUGUGAUAUGUUAUUAGUGACAGGAAAUUAAUUUUCGUACAAAAAGUCAUAAUGUGUCAUUAAGGUAGCUGAACUUAAGUUAUUGCCUUUAAGAAUUUUGGCAGAUUAUAAGUGACUUUAUAAGAAUAAAAAGGAAAUAAAAGUGAAUGUGAUAAAGACUUUAUAUGCUUAAAAUAUAAAUAACAGGGAAUUUUAUAAAUACUUUGGAAGUUUAAAAUAUAGUGAAUAAUGUCUAGUGAAGAAGUAGUAGAAACAUAUUUUUGUUGUGAAACUUCAUUCACUGUAGAUGAAUGGAAAGUGCACUUAAAAUCACAUCCGGAAAAUCAGAACCCUGCUACUUGUGAGAUUUGUGGGAAAACUUUCACUCAGAAAGGGAGUCUCAAAACACACAUGGCUUUGCAUACAGGUGAGAAGCCUUUCACCUGCAAUGACUGUGGUGAUUCAUUUAUCCAGAAAGUUCAGUUGAUAGCCCAUAUGGCAUCCCACACUGGGGUGAAGUCACACACUUGUAGCGUUUGCAACAAACAAUUCACAAUGAGAUCAAGCCUGAAAUAUCACAUGGCGUUGCAUACAGGUGAAAAACCUUUCUCGUGUGAAUACUGUGGAAAGUCUUUCGUUCAGAAAGUACAACUUCGGACGCAUUUGAUGUCUCAUACUGGCAAUAAGCCCUACGGGUGCGAGAUUUGCCAAAAAUCUUUCACCACGAAGUGGACCAUGAUGAAUCACGUGGCUAUGCAUACAGGAGAAAAACCAUACUCUUGCGAUUACUGUGGAAAGGCGUUCAUCCAGAAAGGUCAACUGACUGCUCAUCUGACCUCGCAUACUGGAAAUAAACCCCACGCGUGCGAGGUUUGCGGAAAAUCUUUUACUCAGAAAUGGAGCCUUAAGUUUCACAUGGCAUUGCACACUGGAGAGAGACCUUAUUCCUGCGAGGUUUGUGGCAAAGGGUUCAUCCAGAAAGUGCAACUGAAUUCUCAUAUGGCGAAUCAUACUGGAGAUAAGCCUUACCGUUGUGAAAUCUGCAUUAAAAUGUUUUACGAUCUUAGUUCCUUGAAAAGACAUUUUAAACUUCACACGAGGGAAAUGCCCUAUGAGUGUGAGUACUGUCACCAGGGAUUUCACAAUGCUAAAUUACUUAAGGUGCAUUCAAGAACGCAUACAGGAGAAGAAAUUUAUUCUUGUAAGUUUUGCGGGAAGUCUUAUGCUAGGAAAAAUUCUUUGACCCGGCAUAUAAAAGAGCAGCAUACACUGAUUAAAAAAGAGGAAGAAUAGUUUUGUUGACUAUUUUGAAUUCAGAAAAAAAAGAAAGAAAGGAAUUAGGAAAAAACUGUAAAACAAAAGAAAACUCAUCACCUAAAGCCUUGAUUUCCUAGGAGCCAACACGCCGAUCGUCGGCUUCGCUCCUCGCCGAGGCGAAAACUUGAUUCUUCUGCGCAUGCGCGCCUGAGCUAAAUCGACGUCGUGAAUGGCCACGUCGGAAUCCACUUGACUUUCAUUUCAGCGUCACGGCGAAGAGCGACAUCGAAGAUCGGCGAUUCGCUUCUAGGAAACCAGGGCUUUAGUACAAUCUUUUUUAUUUAUGUGUUUAUUUAUAAUUUGUUAUCAGAAAAUGUCUAUAAUUGGGAUAAACCUCACUGGCAGCGUCGUAAUGCUGUGAUAAGAAUCUGCUUAGCAUUCACAAUGCUGCCAUGUUAGGUUUAUGUAUUUCACAGUUUUAGGUAUUUCACAAUGCUGCCAACUAUA